GGAGGAGCAAUACCAAUCCACCGAUCGGGUCACAAAAGCAAACGAGCAACGAGCAAGACGCGCCGCGACUGGCUGACUGACCGGCAGGAGCGUGACGACGGCGGACUUGCUGGCGACAAAGGGGCCGUCAUGGCUCAAUCAGAGUACAACGUCGAACUUGUAGAGACAUAUGAUUACCUGUUGAAGUGUAUCCUCAUCGGCGAGUCCGGCACGGGCAAGAGCUGCCUGCUCAAUCAGUUCAUCAACAACGCCUUCCGCAAUGACUCCCGUCACACCAUUGGGGUCUCCUUUGCGUCGUCGCUCAUCAGACUCCCUUCAACGACGGCCAGUGCCGCCUCGCCGGUGAAGUCUAGCCAGACAAAGGCAGGCGAUCAGAUGGGCCUAGGCAAGAGAUGGAAGCGCUCCGGAUCCGCUUCUUCCUCUCAUUUCGCGCUGCGGCCAUCGCCCGAACGGACACUGAAGCUACAAAUAUGGGACACCGCCGGUCAAGAGCGGUUUCGGUCGGUGACGAGGAAUUACUACAGAGGCUCGGCGGGCUGUCUGCUCUGUUAUGACAUCACCAGGCGGAGUACGUUCACGAAUCUGGCCAUAUGGCUAGCAGACGCGCGUGCACUGGCCUCGCCCGAGCUCGUCACGGUACUCGUCGGCAACAAGCUAGACCGAGAGGAAGAACGGGAAGUCGACUACCUCGAAGCGAGUCGGUGGGCCAAAGAGAACGAUCUCAUCUUUGUCGAAGUCUCAUCACUCACAGGUGAGAACGUAAGAGAGCCUUUUGUACUACUGGCGAGAUCUAUCCUGUUUGCGAUCGAGUCGGGCCGAAUCGAUCCAGAAGCUUCGAAUGCGGGCGUAUCCUACGGCGAACGUGCGAUCAGACGCGUCUCAAGCACGUAUAUGAACAGCACCAGCGGCUUCGGCGGCUUCACUCUCGCGGGCAGCUCCAGCUCGCCAGGCAUGCUGUCGACUGUCUCGAACGCGCUCGGUCUCAGCCGUAAUAACGCGAGCUCGAGCUCGAGCGGCUGCUGUUGAUUUGCGAUUUGUAAGGAAACAUGUCACCUCCUACACUGUGUCUUUCGUGCGUGC